GGCUUCAAACAGCAGCAGCAGCAGCAAGUAUGAAACAUCUUAGCUGCUUUUUUGACUGAGUAUCUGUAAAAACUGGUGGCAUUAAGCUGGGCUUAUUAAUUGGAGUAUAACUGUUGUCUCCUUCCACUCCACGUCCUGCCCUGCUCUUUGGGAAAUACAGCUUUGGAGUUCUCAAGAGAAUUAGAUCUGGUUAAGAGUAAGACUCAGGUUCUGAAGCAUUUGAGCAACUUGCUACUGCCCAAGUCAUGACGCUCCCAUUUCGAAAAGACUUGGACAAGUACAAAGAUCUCGAUGAGGAUGACAUUCUCGGCAAGCUGUCAGAAGAAGAACUGAAACAGCUGGAAACAGUUUUGGAUGAUCUUGACCCUGAGAAUGCACUUCUGCCUGCAGGCUUCCGACAGAAAGACCAGACUGCUAAAAAGGCCUCGGGUCCUUUUGACAGGGAACGACUCCUUGCAUUUUUGGAGAAGGAAGCUCUUGAGCACAAAGACAGGGAAGACUAUGUGCCUUUUACAAAAGAAAAGAAAGGGAAAAUAUUUAUCCCGAAGCAGAAGCCUGCCCAGUCUUAUGCAGAAGAAAAAAUUGCUCUUGAUCCAGAACUGGAGGAAGCCUUGACAAGUGCCACAGACACAGAGCUAUGUGACCUCGCAGCUAUACUGGGAAUGUCCAACCUGAUAACAAACAAUCAGUUCUGUGAUAUUGUAGGAAGCAGUAACGGGGUUGGCAAAGACAGCUUUUCAAAUAUAGUAAAAGGUGAAAAAAUGUUACCUGUUUUUGAUGAACCACCAAAUCCCACAAAUGUGGAGGAGACUCUGCAAAGGAUUAAAGAUAACGAUUCCCGUCUUGUUGAAGUUAAUCUAAAUAACAUCAAGAACAUACCAAUUCCAACGCUGAAAGAAUUUGCAAAAGCUCUAGAAACCAACACACAUGUGAAGAAUUUUAGCCUUGCAGCCACCCGAAGUAAUGAUCCUGUUGCUGUUGCUCUUGCAGAUAUGCUGAGAGUAAACACAAAAUUAAAAAGUUUAAACAUAGAAUCAAACUUCAUCACCGGAGUUGGAAUUUUGGCACUGGUCGAUGCACUGAAAGACAAUGAAACACUGACAGAGAUCAAAAUUGAUAAUCAGAGGCAGCAGCUGGGUACUCUUGCAGAAGUAGAAAUUGCCAAGAUGCUUGAAGAAAACACCAAGAUCCUUAAAUUUGGAUACCAUUUCACACAACAGGGACCUCGAGCCAGGGCAGCUGCUGCUAUCACAAAAAACAAUGACUUGGUUCGCAAGAGAAGGGUUGAAGGAGACAGCCAGUAGAUCUUGCUAGAACUGUGUGAAGAUUUCAAGGGUCUUCAAAGCACGCUCCUCACGGUGGGCUUUGGCAAUCUUGGACUGCAUUUACCUGGGUUAGAAGGGAAAAGACUGGAAACCCCAUUCCUUUUAAAGCAAAGCUAUAUUAAUAAUCUGCUGGUAUGCGUCACAUUUUUCAUAACCACACCAAUCCAUGUACAGAUCCAGUUUUUGAUUGUUUUUGUUUGUUUUUUUUAAAGAACUUUUUUGUAUUUUAAGAUCUUGGCUGUGCUUUCUACUAAAAAUGUAAUCGCGAAUCAAUGGUAUAAUUGUCUGUAGUCAAAGAAUGGGACAUGCAGGAUCACUGGGCAUAUAAUGACCCAACUGAAAUGUUAGAAAAUCUAGGGGUGCUCAUUUACAUGAAGGGGUAUGUAUGUUCUUCAGAACAAUGCUUUAGUGAUGGAUUCUUCACACAAUAGUUGGACUCAUUGUUUAGAGCUGUUCAUCCUUGUUCAUAUGCACUGAAGGGAAAUCUUUCACAAUUGUCUUACUGUAUUUUUUUUUGUUUUGUUUUGAUUUGUUCUUGAUACUGUGAUUAAGUGUAAGCAUCCCUUAAAAACAGGCAAAAAUAAAUUGACUUUUCUUCCAAGAGAUCUGAGGGACUAAUGGAAAAAAAAAAAAAAGUGGGAGCCUUGCAAAAAAAAGAAAAAGUAAAAGCCAUGCAAAGUGGGUUUUUUCUUACUAUGCUUAAGUCCUAAAAGUCUUUUAAAAUGUCCCAGAAUUAUAACUUGCUCUGUGUCUAAACUGGACACUUCAAGACUAUUAUGUGCUCAUCAGCAUUUAGUUUAUAGCUUUUGUUUAAAAGUUCUUAUCUACAUGCAUAACUAGUAUGAAUUUCUCUAGAAGUAGUGGACAAGCUUUUUUAAAUUUGCCGAAUUUUGUUCAGGAGAAACAACCUUAAUUAUACAAAUCAGUGUCCUAAGUUUCUGGCAAACAGAAAAUCCUUUUUUACAAGCUAUUGAAUUAAAUUGUUAGUGCUUCAUAUAAAUGUAUAAGUUUUCAUGAAACAAUGAAGUAACACUUUCUCAAAAGGCUUGAUGUUUGAAACACUACGACUUCCAGAAAUUAACUAAUGUGUAGUGUCAAAUUUGCAUAGUACAGUACUUAUUCCAAGCUGUGUAUCUAUGCCAACUAAUAAGGACACAAGAAUCACUUAAAUUUCUGUACAUAAUCAAAGUAUACAUCUUGGAAAUAAUGAAAAUCUAGGGGCUCUCUGCUGUGGGCCUGUUUGGACUGUACCAUACCGAGCUUGCUUAAUGUUGUCAUGAGACCAUAAAUUAACAAAAUACUCUGAAGGACAGCUCAAAUAUAUUUAUGAGAGCUCAACUGACAACCAUUUUCAUCAGAAGAUCAUCAUAUGGUGAGCUUUUUAAAUAGAGGAAAUGUAUAGGACUGAAACUUUUUUUGCAUCAUGUUGUAAGUACUAUAAAAAUUAAUAGAGCAAUCCUCUGACACUG